GCCACACAGGAGAAGAGAGCCAAGAAGGUCUGAAGCAGUCAGCAGCCAGUCAAGUCAAACAGGCCCCAAGCCCAGCCUCAUCUCCACGGCAACAUGAAGACCCUGGUCCUUCUCAGCAUCUGUGGCCUCCUGACCGUCUGCUGGUCAACAGGAGUGGUGGAGCCUGAGGCGGUGGAUGAUCCUGAUCUGGACGACGCUGGCGAAGCAGCCCCUGAUGUGGCAGACCCCUCCGCCGCCCCCGACGCCGAUACACCUUCGUCUUCCGAAUCCGAUUCCCCGUCGGACUCCUCUUCCUCUUCAUCCUCAUCAUCGUCAUCGUCAUCUGAAUCCUCAGAGUCAGACUCGGCCGCCUCUGACUCGUCGUCCUCCUCCUCCUCCUCCUCCUCCUCCUCUUCGUCCGAGUCCUCCUCCUCUGAGGUCACGGGCGCUCCUGCCCUCGCUGAAGCUCCCCAGGUGAUUAUGAAGAGGGACCUAGCCGCCGUUCUCCUGAGGAGGAGGAGAGCCACCAGCACACUCAGCCCUCUCCAGACAGAAAGCCUGAGGGAAGUGUGUGAGCUGCACGACGGCUGUGACGAGAUGGCGGAGACCGAGGGCAUCGUCGCUGCGUACACCGCCUACUACGGACCUGUGCCCUUCUAGGAGGAGCCAGGACCCUCGCUCCAUUGUUGCUGUAUGAACUGUAGUUAAUAAAAUCGGCACAGGGUGGCGCAACCACCACUCCCCCUCGUGGUCAGAAAAGGAACAGCACGUAUGGCUUUUGGUGAUCAGCACAGAAAUAUAUCUACUACUCUGAAUAAUAUAUCGUAGUAGGAAUACGUAUGGCUUGGAAUUAGAAAGUAUUCUGGAAUGAGUGAAAAGGCCAUUAAGGGUGUGUGAAAGUGUGUUGCAGUCCACUCAAAUGUAUAUUAUUCUAAACAAAUGUAAAUUGCAAAGUAUGGUGCUAUAAACGCUGCAGAUGUUUGUAUUAUAAUGUGUUGAUAUUUUUGAUACGGUGUUAGAAUAGCUUUAGUGAGUCAGUCUAUAGAGGAGAAGAAACGCUAGAAUUAGUGCUUAUCAAUUUGUAAAUGUUAGUAGUGCAGUAGUGUAAAGUGUAAGUAAAAUGCAAAUCAAAUGUCUUGUAAUGACUGUGAUACAUUUGGAAUUGAGAUGUUGUAAUAUUUCAUUGACAUUUGGAAAAAUACUGAUGUUGAUAUUACUCAAUAAAUAUGACUAAAAUCAAAAGUAUUUAGA